UUCGGAUCGGAAGAGGAAAAGUUGGAAAACUCGGUCAUGCUUCUCUCUCACACUGAAGUAAAAGUGAGUGCACGUGCAACCGUUUCCCAUUAGGGUGGUACUGAAUGAGCGUUGUUUUUUCUUCUAUUCAUUCAUGUUUAUAUUGAUUGCAGCGAGGAUCAGUGAUACUAAAGUUGUAUUGAAUAGAUAAAAAAAAGUAUUUUGGAUACAGGAAGAUAAGUGAUGCAACCAAGGAUGGAAUAUAUAACGGUUGCGUAGCAGUAUCGAUAAUCGCAUUUGUAAUCCAAUUAAGUGAAAUUUUCCGGAGAAAUUGAUUUCCACUGAAAGAAGCAAAAUACGUGUUAAUAAUAUAAUACAAAAAGGAAAUACAACCACAAGUAACAAAGCGAAUCCGUUUUUUUUAUCUCCGUGAAACGAAGGCAAUAAAGUGUUUUAAUGAAUAGAGGUCAUUAAUGUCUUACGGAUACAGUGUUGCAACACAGUCAAAAGGAUUAUCCAUGGCCAACUUGAGGAUUACCAUGACCCGGAUGCAUUUCGGAUUAAAUUUCAUCAUACUGAUCAUCGUGUCCUCCAUCUACGGCAACCACACGCUGGACAGUGGGAAGGCUAACAAAGGCAGCAGUUCCAGUACAGCGUUCAAUGCUACGGCGAACCAUCCCACGGCCACCCUCUCGCUCAUCCCAGAUGAUGAGAUAGCGCACUUUGUGAACCAGUCCCGGAUAAUGUCCUGCAGUUUCCCCGACCCGGACGUGAAACUUAAAUGGCGCAACCCGAAGAACGCCAUCGUCAGCGACACCAAAGGUCGGGUUCACAUUGAGGACUUCGAUGGUUCCCUUUCGCUUGUCUUCGAGUCCAUCGUCCGAGCUGACCAGGGCAAUUGGACCUGCGAAUCGAACAAUAGUGGGGUCGUGCAGAAAAAAUCCUUCAAAAUGAUUGUCAAUGAGCCAAUCUCGUUCCGGGACACCAACAUUGUCCAAUCGGCAGCCGAAGAUAAGGAUGCCACCAUCCGGUGCGAGGUGAGAGGGCAUCCAGAGCCAUCGGUGUCGUGGUACUUCAACGGGCAGCCAUUGUUCGUGCCGAGCGGAAAGUACACAAUGCUCGCAGAUGGAUUACUCAUCAAAAAGGUAUCGAAGAACGACACCGGCGAGUACACGUGCAAAGCGUUUCAGGUUUCAUCGUCCGGGAGCAGCUUCAAGGAGAAAACUAUCCGGCUCAACAUCAAACACAAGCCCUACUUUCCUAGACAUUCGUGGGGAAAUGUCACCUAUGGCUAUGUGGGUGGAGCGGUAAACUUGACCUGCGAUGCCGUGGCGGAACCACCAGCCACCUUCACCUGGUCGUCCAAUAAUAAAAAGUUUUCACACAGAAACCACAUCACCUUCAGCGGACAGCAUGUUUCCAUGCUGCAGAUUGUAAUAAAAAAUAGCACCGUUUUCGGCAAGUACAAGUGUGAAGCCAAAAAUGAGCUCGGUACAAUAUCGCGGGAAAUUCAACUCAGAGAAGGCACCAAACCAGACCCACCCAGCAGGUUCCAACUGCGCGGCGUCAAUUCCGACACACUGGACAUUGACGUCGGCGCCACGAAGUCACAUGACGUCGAUCCGGACCACUCGACCAUUAUUGGCUAUCGCUUCGAGCUCAUUCCAACUGAAGAGUUUGCCAAGCACCGCAACUGGGAGCGAGCCCAUCGACGUGACUUUGACGUCGAGGAUGGUGUCACGUACUUGCUGGUGCAUCUGACGCCGGAUACCCGGUACCUCAUCCGGGUGGCAGCACGAAACGCCGCCGGCCUUAGCGAUUGGACCGAGGUGAAAGAAUUCAUCACCCACCCACUGCAGCCCCAUGGGAUCAAUUCCGGUGCUGCCGGACCGGAUACUAGCGCUUUCCUCUUCCUUCGACUACUGACUGCCCUGGGCUCCUUACUGCUAUCGACGGUGGUGAAAUUAAAAUUUUAACCAUAGAAAGCGGAUAGGACUCAGAAGCGGGAGGGAAGCAGCCAAUAAAAAAUAGAAUUUCAAUCAAAAGACUACCGGGGAGAAAUCGCACGUCGAAAGGAAAUUGACGUCACGUACACUCACACAUACAGACGCCCACAUGCACCACCACAUGCUCACAAAUCAGACAAGAAGCAUUUUGGUUUUACUGUUGCAUUGAAAUUCAUUGCGACGAGAAACGAUCAAAGCAGGCGCCCGGUGCGGUGUGCUCAGCAAACGAAGUAGACCACAAUUUUGCGCUUUUUAUGUUUGUUGUCAAACGGGCAGUCGAAAAAGCAGUUCACUUGGCUUACUGCGACACAGAGGACACAGAAACAUUCACAGGAACAUACCGGUUAGUCGUUAAGGUGAGGUUAGGUAACACGAAUUUUUCUUACCCUACACAGGUACACAUAGGUAAAGUUGAAUGAAACGGUCAGCAGAAGGUGGAAUAGAAAAAUAUGUUUGAAAUACCAGUGAAGAGGAAAUCAAUGUACGAAAAUAGAUUUAAUCCGGGAAAUGAGUUUGUUUUUAAGGUUGCAAUCGAUUUGUGCGAAUGAAGCGUGGCUACUUUUGUUCUCUCUCUCUCUCUCUUCCUAGGAUAUGUGUUUUCGGUCGAAAUGUGCUUUGAAGGAGAAGUUUUGAUAAAUGUAAGCGCUUGUUCGUGUAGGUAAAGAUUGUUGCAGUGAAUCUUUGACGAAUCUAUUUGUGUUAAAGCAUGUGCAUGAUUAGGUUUUGAGGGUGCAGUUGUGGUUCAGUGUUCAAAUGUAAGCCCCAUGAGGGAAGAUUUGCGACAUAAAUAGCAAGAGAUUGCUUUGUAUUGAAGCUCUAAUUAUAAAAUAUUUUGAGCAACAAUUUGAAAAGUCAUAGCAGUUUUUUUUUUAAGUUAAAAUGAGAAAUUGAAGAUUUAAUGGAAUCGCAUAUCAGUUCCAUAUGCAGUGUUCGGACAAACUUAAAAACUUAAAUCUCAACUCAACUGCGCAAAAAUCACUGUUAAGCUUUCAGCUUCAUAAAUGCAUUGCUCUAUAUUUUGACGUAAUUCAUUGUUAUUACUGUUAUUUUUUUCAUUAGUGACUGGACAACUAAUACAUGCAUAAGCAUGCUAUCAAUUGACGUUUGAGUGGUUUUGAUGAGUUUUAAGCUGGAAUGAGUUGUUGGCGUUGUCAGUAAAAGCGCGUGAAAAGCAUGAGAAUCUCAUUCACACGCGAGUUUAUUCUCUUAGAGAGACUCUAUUAAUGAUUUUUCGAACAGGGGGUGACCCUGGCGUGAUUAACAUUCAUACCUCUCAGGCCAAAGUCACGAGUUCAAAUCUCACCCCCAGACAAGUCACGAAUGACCCAAAAUCGUUAAAGUUACUGUAAUAAAAAAUACGAACACUGUUUGUAUGGAUUUUUGCCAAUUUUUACAUAACAAUCAAUUGGCAUCUACUUUUAUAUUAUGUGAUAAAACUACGGACUUUGAUCGUAAAAAAAUGUGAAAACAACAUCAAGUCAGUUUAUCCCAUCAAACAAAGUAAUCGUAUCGCCCAGAAGUCGUGUCACAGUUCUGUUUUUUGAAUUACCAUAUGUUUCGGUAAGCUUAAUUGCAACUGAUUACAACUCAAAAAAGAUAUCAAUAAAUUUGUUAGGAUUUAUUCAAACAGUUACAUGGAAAUUACAAUUCGUUACUUCGACUGCCAUUUUCUUAAUGCCUACUUUUUUCCAUAUGACAUUGAUAUACGAUUCGAGGCAGUACAGGUAUUCCUCGAUACAACGAGCAUGACACUUUAUUCUUUCAUCCUCAAUUUCUCGCAAAUAACAACUUAUUGCUGAAAGAUGUACAGGACAGGAUAAUUGAAUGACCAAAAAAGUUUCAAUUAAAUGUAUCAUCAACUACAGCGUUCAUGGUUUUGGGUCAUAUAAUUAAAUUACAAUCCAUUUUCCACUUUGCAAACACUUCGAGUCGCGUUAGCUGUCAAAUUAAGUUGUCCAAAGAACAAAAAAUCAAUAUGUACAAACAGUAAACAUUUAGCACGAACCGAACGGCUUACUGGGAUGCGUUCUCUUAGUGACAUCAAGCAAAACAAAAAUUGUGGACCCCACAUAAACAAUGGCCUCCUGCGCUUUACUACCAUUUUUGUCAAUGCAAGUGUAAUAAAGCUGCUGGUGCUAUUAAUAAAAACGAACCAAAUGUAUAAAUCAUCCUUCGAAAGCGCAAAAACCGGCGAUGGAAUAAACGGAACAGGAUUUCUGGAUCAUGUUCCUCUCGUUAUACUCGCGCUUUGGUACAUAUUCGAUAGAAUUAUUGCAUCAUUUUAAGGACCAAAAAAAUGCAUCGGAAUAAUAUAAAUAAUAAACAAACGAAUACAAUAUCUCGGGGCACCAAACAGAAUGAAAUGCGCUUUUUCCUUUUAUCGAGCGUCCCUUUUGCUGCAGCCCUACGCUACCUCUACAUACUGUUUCAAACACUCCAACUUUUUUUUUUAUUGGCCUGCUGAGAUCCUCUCAUUGCGCGUUAUCGUUAGCUGGCUGUUGGCAGUGGUAGAAUAUAUUGAGGAAAAAAAGCUCAGUUUUUCACCAUUCCUCACCCAACACUGCAACCGGUUUUCCCAUCUUUCCAAUUAUGUAUGCCAGUGUGUGUUGGUGCAAAAUGUGAAACUGGAAAGUGAAAAACUAGCACGCAGAGACUGCGGGUGCUGGUGGAACCGUACAUACGUACAUCAUCAUCCAAUUUAAUUUAUAUUCCAAUGCAUCACACGCUUCUGCAGCGCCGCACUGCACUGUUGUAGUCGGUCGCUAUAUGCACGCGUCAUUGCUGAACGAAAAAUGCAAUUUAUCAUCGUUGCGGAUGCACACAGAAUCUCGCAUGCACCCCAAACGGGUGAUGGUGCGGUUUGAUGGGAGCGAUCCUGAAAGUUUCACAAUUUCCCUCCACCACCAUCAGUCGCGCUAGUUCUACUUUAGUGUACGUCUUCCUCGCAGGCAGUAGGCACUGAUUUCGCGCAAUUAGCUCACAGCCUAAGCAAUCACAGCAACCAUGCAAUAAAAAAAUAAAAACAAAAUUGCAUCAAUAUUGUGAAUAGUGGUUUUCAAAUUGCGAAGGACGAAUGCAUACUGCGAUUCGGGACCAGUGCACUGCGACGUCAUUCGUGUUUUAGAUUUUUUUUUGUGUGUAUCCUUUAUGGCAGCUGUCAUCGUCCGUUCGCGUGACGAUGACAAAAAAUGCCCUCUUUCAUGCUUCUCUUUGCUUAAUAUCAAACCGUAAAAGGAUCGGUUCACUUGAUGAGCAAAGCUAAAUAUUUGAUGAGAACAGUAGAAGGCAGCAAAGUGCCUCAAACCUGAUUUUUAUUUCGCGAUUCCAAUUUCAAACGAGGAUAAAGCUAAUUCAAUUUGUUUCAGGAUUGUGAUCGGAUUUCUGUACUGGUUCAUCAACAUUUUCAUAUGAAGUAUAUUCUGUUUGUUUGAUGAUCAUCUGAGUAUCUUCCUCAUCUUCAUCUAUGCUUUUUACGAGCUUCUUUUUCGAGUGUUUUGCAGGCUCUCAACUUAGUGUUCUAAAUGCACUUUCACAGUCAUUAAUUGAGAACUUUUUAGACCAACCAAUGCAUGCCUACGGAGAAGGAAGUCGAGAAAAUUUCCAUCCCGAAAGGUUUCCACGACCGAACCGGAAAUCAAAACCUGCACCUCUGGCUACUGACUAGGUUAUCUGAGGCCCUGAAGUACUCCUACACCGUUCUUUGAGUUAACACUGCUCACUUAAAAAUUCAGACACCGUUCCUGGAUGCAAAGCAAAAUAUACACCGGAGAUUUCAAGCUGAAACAAUGGCAACCUUCAUUUUUAAUUGUAAAUGGAUUGUCCGUGAUCCAAUUAACUGGGUAUAAAUGACAUGAGUCUGAACACCGAACCACAAACACUCGAUCGAAAACCCUUCAGCCAGGUGGAAAUUAAUGUGCCAUUUAUUACUACGAGGUGCUAAACCAGAGCCAAUGUUCAACAAGUGUUGGAAGCUACCAAUACUUACAUAAUUUUUCAACAAAACAGUGGCAAAAAAAAACAACAUCACACAAUUCAGAGCAAAACCAUAAAAAUCGUUAUUAUUUCAUAGGCUUUAUGUAAAAUCGAGCAGCCACUAGUCGGAGCAUGCCUGCGUGCAUAAAUUUAUACAUCCAUCACCCACCUAUACUCGAAAAGUUAAAUAUUCUUCAUGUUUAUCGGCUCUCACAUCGUUAACAGGUAGGUAAAUAUAGGUUAUUAAAAUACCACCCUCUAUUAAACACCGCAGACUUUUGGGCCAUCAUAAUGACCAAUUACUGCUGGUGACUUCCAGAGGUCAUUAUUAAAAAUCAGUUAAUUACCAUCAGCAAACAAACACCCCACGUAUGCCAAGCCAAAUCGGGCCUGCCACAUAAUGGUGGAUGUGUAACAUCGUAGGCGUGUUAACAAUGAUUCCAGAUUGGUCGUAAAUCAAUAACAAUAAAUCGAAUUUAUACACUACGUUAAGCUGCAACGUUUAUUAUGUGACUGAUUAUUUUUAAACAGGGAGGCGGUGAAUCAACCAUUUUAACUUGAUUAGUAGGCUUGGAUUUCCGUAGGGUGAUGGAAAACUGUCAGAACACAUUAAAUCAAACUUAUACAAUUCAACUAAUCAACUGUGUCAAACUGUCAGCAGUGGAAGAGGAGGUUUUUUAUUGUAUUCAAUUUAAGAACAUUAAUUUAGAGAACAGGAUGUAUAGGGGGAACUUUACGAAGAAAAAAAAUGCAAAUCGAUGAUAAUCUAUUGAACUUUAGAGCAACAAAGCUAGUUAAAUGACUGUGUAUAAAAUUUAUAUCGUACUGUACUAGAUUUUAAAUAAUUUAACGAUAAAACAUUGUGAAAUAAAUGAGUAAAAUUCAAUCCGAAGCAGAACAGUAAAA